AGACAAAGACAUCUCCAUUGUCGCUGGAGUUUGUCUGUCUUACUGUGGAUGCAUUUAGAUGGCAAGACUAGCUUCGAAGAGGCCCAACUUCCUCUUCUUAACAUCACCACAAUGCCAUCUCAGCGUGUUACACUCAGCCGAAACGCUCGCCGCCUACAGAACAAAAUUCGUGGUAAGCAUCAUCCGCUUUCCCACAUCCAUUUGGUCUUUCCAGGUUGCUCAAUCUGACUCCCAUAGGAACCUUACAAGGACAUCUUCCAGAGCUCGAGACCAUCACGCCACUGCUCCUAAAUGUCCAAAUCCGAACGCCAUUCGUUUUCACUCGCUGGGCGGCUCAGCUGCACAGCAAGACUUACGGCUUGCUAUACACAACACCCAGGCUAUACGACACCCAAGAGGAAGCCAUGUAUGCCUUGCUGCUCUGGGCAUACGGCCUGUUGUCAGAAGAUGCGACGUGGAGAUAAUUGAUCGUGUCGCGGGACUUUUCGACGAUGACAUAUUGCAGUAGGGUGACUCUUCACGGAAAGGUACCAUGCUACUGAGCAUUGCAUCGUCAUACAAUCGCGAGGAUAACACGCUUGCCUGACGGUGGACUCGCGUAGUCGCCAAAAUGUCACGCUUUCUUGGACGUUAUACACGAGGCUUUUGUGGCGGUCAAUUAAAGUUUAUCCCUUGCCAGCCACCCGCCAAGGGUAUGUACCUAUGCCAUGC